AUGAGCUCUAGCAACUGUAUUGCAUCGAAAAUCUUUAAAGCAUUCGCUAUGGACUCUCGACCAUGGCAGCUUACUCGGAAGCUCAAGAGCGACAACCACCUGGAUAUGCAGGGAGAACUACACGGAACAGUGACAUUCAAACCAGCUCAUUCUGGAGGGUCCGACAAUGUAGAUGACCUUGUAUAUGAGGAGCAGGGAGAGAUGCCAGAUCCAUCCGGCCGUAACAUGGCUGGAAUGAAAUGGUCCCGCAAGUAUAUGUGGCGUUUGGCGGAUCCCAACUUGAGCGUCUGGUUCGUCAAGGUCGACAUGAAAGCCAGCAAAGAGACGCAAGACGGCCAGUACAAGGACUUACCAGACUAUCUCUUCCAUCAGCUGCGGUUCACAAGUGAGGAUGAAGGCGAGGGGCAGGAGGGGGGCAGCCCUACUACACCAGACUUUGUCCCGCCCGCCGCGGCCCCAGAAGAAGAGACCACGAUCCUUUUUGCGCAUGGGAGCCAUCUUUGCAUCAACGAUAACUAUGAGACUACAUAUGCCUUUCGAUGUUCCAAGGGUUGCAAAAACAAGGUCUACAGCUGGUCGAGUAGCCAUUUAGUCAAAGGUCCAAAGAAGAACCAGCGAAUUGUGAAUCUUUAUACCAGGGCGACCACUGCUGGGAAUGACAAGUUGUGA